UGGAGACGCAGAGGGACGCCGAGUCAGAAAAGAUUGAACGGACACCCCACAAACGCGCACAAACCCAUGACGGUGGCAGCCGAGCCUUUCGCCAUGGAGGAUACGGUGAAAAACACUCUUUAAAAUGUGAGGUUUAAAAAGACGUGCUGCAGAAACGCGCGUGAGCGGCUAUCCCCCCCUCAUCGUCCACGGGUGAUCUCGACUUGGGUGCUUCGUCCCCUCGCUGUGUCACUCGCACCGGGGGAAAAAUGAAGAAGUUUAAUAUCCGUAAGGUGCUGGACGGCUUGACGGCCGCGUCGUCCCUGUCUCCAUCUUCGCAGCCCGGGGGUACCAAGGAGAACGAGCUCAUCCCAGAGACGCUACAAUCUGAACACUUCCAGCUCUGCAAGACUGUGCGACAGGGCUUCCCCUAUCAGCCCUCCUCUAUGGCAUUCGACCCCAUCCAGAAAAUCCUCGCCAUUGGGACUCAGAGCGGAGCUUUACGAUUAUUUGGCCGGCCCGGUGUGGAGUGUUACUGUCAGCACGAGAGUGGAUCGGCUGUCAUCCAGCUACAGUUUCUCAUAAACGAGGGGGCACUGGUUAGUGCUUUGGCUGAUGACAGUAUUCACCUAUGGAACCUGCGACAGAAAAGACCAGCUGUACUGCACUCACUCAAGUUCAACAAGGAGAGGAUAACGUUCUGUCAUCUGCCCUUCCAAAGCAAAUGGUUGUACAUUGGCUCAGAACGAGGAAACAUCCACAUUGUAAAUGUGGAAUCCUUUACCCUCUCAGGAUAUACCAUCAUGUGGAACAAAGCCAUUGAACUGUCCUCCAAGGCCCACCCUGGCCCAGUCGUUCACAUUAGUGAUAAUCCAAUGGAUGAGGGCAAGCUCAUAAUAGGAUUUGAGUCUGGAAUAGUAGUGCUGUGGGAUUUGAAAUCAAAGAGAGCUGACUACCGGUACACUUACGAUGAGGCAAUCCAUUCUGUGGCCUGGCAUCAUGAGGGGAAGCAGUUUAUCUGUAGUCACUCAGACGGCACACUGACCAUAUGGAAUAUUAAGUCCCCAUCCAAGCCCGUACAGACAAUCACGCCACAUGGAAAGCAGCCUAAAGAUGGAAAAAAGCCAGAGCCUUGCAAACCCAUUCUUAAAGUAGAGUACAAGACCACAAGAGCAGGGGAUCCAUUUAUGAUCUUCUCUGGUGGUUUGUCGUAUGACACCGUUGGUCGACGGCCAUGUUUGACUGUAAUGCACGGGAAGAGCACGGCAGUAUUGGAGAUGGACUAUCCCAUUGUAGACUUCCUCACUCUGUGUGAAAUGCCAUAUCCUAAUGAUUUUCAGGAACCAUACGCUGUAGUGGUUCUUCUUGAAAAGGAUUUAGUUGUUAUUGACCUUGCACAAAACGGUUACCCAAUCUUUGAAAAUCCAUAUCCCAUGACAAUUCAUGAGUCUCCCGUGACGUGUUGUGAAUACUUAGCCGAUUGUCCUGUGGACCUCAUACCUGCACUUUACUCUGUCGGGUCUCGCCAGAAACGACAGGGCUACAGCAAAAAGGAAUGGCCUAUCAGUGGUGGAAACUGGGGCCUGGGCACACAAAGCUACCCUGAAAUAAUAAUAACUGGGCAUGCAGAUGGUUCAGUGAAGUUCUGGGAUGCUUCAGCAAUAAUGCUCCAGGUACUGUACAAGCUGAAGACAGCAAAGGUGUUUGAGAAGGUGCGAUGUAAGGAGGAGAAACCCAGCACAGAGAUUGUGGAUGAGGACCCGUUUGCCAUUCAGCUGAUGUCUUGGUGUCCUGAGAGCCGUAUGCUGUGUGUGGCUGGUGUCUCUGCCCACAUCAUCAUAUACAGGUUCAGCAAACAGGAAAUCACAACAGAGGUGGUGCAGUUACUGGAGGUCAGGUUACAGUAUGAGUUGAAUGAUCUGGAAUCCCCAGAAGGAGGUGGAGAUCAGACACCAGCUCCUCCCACUCCAAUCACCUCCCCCAGUCCACAAACCACCACCCCUCAGACACACCCCUCCGUUAGCAGCAACUCGUCAGAUGGGAUGAGAGACAACGUACCCUGUCUAAAGGUGCGCAGCAGUCCUCUGAAGCAGCCUCCAGGGUAUCAGGUGGAGCUAGUGGUACAGCUAGUGUGGGUCAGUGGAGAGCCGCCCCAGCAGAUCAGCAGCCUGGCCAUCAACUCCUGCUAUGGCUUGGUGGUGUUUGGCAAUAGUAAUGGUCUAGCAGUAGUGGAUUACUUACAGAAGACUGUUCUGUUAAAUAUGGGAACUGUGGAUUUGUAUGGCUCUAAUGACCCCUACCAGAGACAACUGCGAUCUCCCCGCAAGGGCCGACAACCUUCUGGAGGGCUGUGUGACAUUAACGAGGGCUCAGCCACCUCAGAGGACCGCUGCAAAUCCCCCACCUCAGUCUUGAUCUCAAACCAUCAACAAUUCUACAAUGGAGCAGGGAGAGGAGCAAAGAUGUCACGGAAAUUAAGCUUGCCUACUGAGCUAAAGCCAGACUUGGUCCUACUCUCUGUAUGUCCCCCGCGGACUGCCGUACCCCUAGACAACAGGGACAACUGCUUCAGCCGCUCCCGGAGCUCCAGCGUUGCCAGUAUUGACAAGGAAUCACGAGAGGCCAUCACAUCUUUCCAUUUCUGUGAGACAUACACUCGGAAAGCAGAUGGCAGCCUUACACCUUGUGUAUGGGUUGGCACCUCAUUGGGCACAGUGCUGGCCAUCUCCCUCAGCGUACCCUCUGCUGGAGAACAGAGGUUUCUGCAACCUGUCAUUGUCUCCCCAAGUGGCACUCUUAUCAGGUUGAAGGGUAGCAUCCUACGGAUGGCUUUCCUAGAUUCUACAGGGUCUCUCCUCCCUCCUGCUUACGAGCCAUGGUAUGAACCCAAUGCCCCAGCCAAUGGAGAGGAGCGGGACAAGGUCCGUAAAAGACGGCCAGUGUCUGUCUCCCCAUCCACGUCCCAGGAACUGAAUGAAAACCAGUAUGCUGUGGUGUGCUCUGAGAAACAGGCCAAAGUGAUAACUCUGCCCUCUCAGACCUGCAUAUUCAAACACAACAUCACCGAAACGUCUUUUGUGCUGCGGGCAGAUGUGGUGUUUAUUAACGCUGGCAUUUGUGUGGCCUGUUUCUGUGCCAAUGGACACAUUAUGACGCUCAGUCUGCCAGGGUUGAGACCAUUGCUGGAUGUAAAUUACCUACCCCUGACAGAUAUGCGGAUAGCGAGAACGUUCAGCUUCACCAACCUCGGCCAGGCCAUGUACCUGACCUCCCCUACUGAGAUCCAGAGGAUCACCUACAGCCAAGAGGUUUGCGAGAGCCUGCAGGAGAUGCUAGGUGAGCUGUUUACUCCAGUGGAAACGCCAGAAGCUCCUAACAGGGGAUUCUUUAAGGGCCUUUUUGGAGGAGGAGCACAGUCUCUAGACAGAGAAGAGCUCUUUGGGGAGUCAGGAGCCGGAAAAGCACCACGCAGUCUCGCUCAGCACGUUCCAGGUCCUGGGGGGAUAGAAGGCAUGAAGGGGGCAGCGUCAGGCAUUGUGGGUGAUUUAGCUCGAGCUCGAAUAGCAUUGGAUGAGAGAGGACAAAAACUGAGUGAGGUAGAAGAGCGGACGGCUGCCAUGAUGGCCAGCGCUGACUCAUUCUCCAAACAUGCUCAUGAGAUGAUGCUAAAGUGUAAGGAUAAGAAAUGGUACCAGUUCUGAUCUCUGGGAAACAGCAGAGCCCAAAGGGACUGAGGAGAUCUCUUUCACAGCCUUGUUCAUCUCUAAUCCUUCUCCCACUUCCUCUCUUUAUCUCUCUUCUGCUGGACCAGUGGGAUCCCUCGCUAUCCUUUCCUAGCACAAUAUUAAAGACAGUCUCCUUACAGAACUGAGGCACAGACUGUGAGAGGCCCCAGUUUAAGGAAUACCAUACCAUGACGGUGUGCACCCUUCGGUUUUUAUUUGUUUAAUAUUGCCAAUCCUCUCCCAUGGCGGCUGGGCUUUCCAGGCCCUGAAAUUCCAUUUCUUCUCUCAGUCUUUGAAUUGUUUUUGUGCUGUUGUUUUUUGCGAUCAUGUUCUGCCUCCCACAUUGGAGAGCAGUAAGUAGUCAAAAAAAGACAAACAGACUAAACGAGAAAAACAUACAACAAACACUAUGAAAAAUCGCAAAAUAUAAAAAAGUGGAAAAAAAAUAGUAUAUAUACAGAAUUCUAAAUAAAUCCUCAUUAAAGUCUGUAUAAAUGCCAUAUUCGCUAUUUACUGUCAAAAGUAAAACUUAAAUAUGGAAGACACUGGGUGAAGCAUGGGAAGAGCUCCAUUCACAGGAAAUGAUGUCAUAACAUGGAGGAGGCAAACCUUUCAGAAGAAGAGAGAACAUCUAUCCUCGUCUAAAAUUAACUCAAUAUAUUUGUGUAAAUUGACCUUUUCCCAAAUUUUCCCUUUUUGUUUAUUUAUUUGUUAUUUUUUUAUUUAGAAAUAAAAAUAGACAUAAUCUGUAAAAAUCAUUUGUAAAUGUCUAAAUAUAAAAUGCUUUUUGGGUGAUAUUUUUAAGUAAUUAUUGUGAAUAUCACUACAAUAAUGCUUUACAUUAAAGUACCAUCUACAAAGGGUUUAUAAUUAGUUGUCAGAUGAUCCAUAGAUGAAGUAUCUACUUGAAAAACGAAUUAAUUAAUUCUUUGUGAGUUAACUAUUUAUAAACCAAUCAUGAGUGAUUCAUCGAUGGUAUUUUCAUGUGAUACAUUAUCCAGAUGUUUCAACUUGUAAACUUUCUAUGAAAAUUGGCAGAAAAUAUCUGGUCUGGACUAAGAUGUGAAAGAAAGUAGGCAAAUGUAUGGUUGAAAUCUAAAAGUUAUCCAUCAGUCAUUGGGUAGACAGCCAUAUAGACCUCAAUAGCUAGAACAUUUGUUGCUCCCCUAAGAAUGAAAAAUAAGUCACAGUCUCUUCAGUGUUGGCUCUGGGAUUUGAUUUUGUCGUCAUCCCUGCAUACUGCAUAGAUUUAACAGCUUUAACAUAGAACACUUAGUUCAGUAUAGAGAUUGUACUAUGGUAAAAUAUGUUGGUUGGGUCAUUUAAUGGUCCAUUUCAUUUAUAUAUAUAUAUAUAUAUAUAUAUAUAUAUAUAUAUAUAUAUAUAUAUAUAUAUAUAUAUAUAUAUAUAUAAAAGCAACCAGUAAGGGUUGGAAAUGGCUCUAUCAAAUCUGAUUUUCUCAAAAACACUUUGCCUCACAAAUCAGGAAAAUUUGGACCACCUUUAAAGACCUAAUCUUCAGCGACUUUAGACUUAAUUAUAAGUGUGAAGGGCAUAAAGUGUUUUUUCUUUUUUUGGACUUGGGAACAUUAAUCAUUGUCGUUUUGAAUGUUAGGAUAAUAUCAUAUAACAGGUUUGUCUGAUGUUCCUGGUUUCACACUGGUGCUUAAUGGCUAUUAGUCUCCCAAGCCAUAUUCACAUGUGUAGAUUAACAGAACUUAUUUCAAGACAUUAUCAUCACUCUGUCAACAUCUUUGAAAGCACCUUUGUUCACCUACAGUGAGUGCUAGCUGUUCAUUAACAAACAGAAAAUUAAAAAGAAGUAAAGCUAAACACAAAGGCUACACAGUAAAUGUUCAAUUUCUUCCUUGAAACCACAUUUUAGUGCCAUUAUAUUUAUUUGUACAAUCUUAUUUGUGGUUUGCAAGAAAUGCUGCUAUAUAUGUUGCAUUGACUCAUAUGACCCAUUGUCAUUCGAGAUGCAAACAUUGAUGUAUUGAGCACUGAUUCUCUCUUGCCUCUCUGCCCAAAAUUUUUGCCAUUCUGUGAAUGAAAUAGUUUGACAAUCUGGGACCAUAAAUUGAGAGUGGGAGUGGCCAUACUGACCCAAAAGACAUUUGCCAUAUCUUUUCAAACACCAAAGAUUUUCUUUCAUUGAGUUAUGUAUUUCACUAACUGUGACAGCUAUUUGUGUCUGAAGUAUCACUGCAUAUUCCACCAGUAACAGUGUUGAGGUCUUUCCUGAUGUUUUUGGCUGUGCGCUACCAUUACAAGUGAAGUCUGCCUUUUGUGUUUUGUAUGCCGUAUUUCAACAAAGAGAAAUGGGGUGAAAAAGAAUUACAAAACAAAUCAAGCCAAUCUCUCUCAGACUAUAAAUGUUUCUCUGUGUUAGACUCUAUAUUCUCUGUAGAUGUGUUUUCAUGCCAUGGUGUUAUAGUGUUUUUGAAUACCAGGUUUGUUUUUGAACACUUUGCUCAUGUCAUCUCUCCUAAUUAACUAAUUAAAUUAUAUUUGUAAAAUGUGUAUUUUUCUCUGCAGUACUGUAUUUCCCUGAAUAGAUUUCCUUGUCAUAUUUUUAAUCAUCAAUUAUUGAAAAAUUAUUUUUAUAUAUGCUUUGAGGAAGUAGUAUUUUGAGGUCAUAAGAAAUGAUUAGAUCUUGCACUCUCUUAUUUGUUUUCUGUCGUGUGGUCUGUUUGUUAAUGCCAUAAUUGACACAACAGGGUGUUUUUUGAAUUAAACGUGAGUGAGUGAGCAUUCCCUUGAUUAUUUUGCAAGACCAGUUAGUAUCAAGACCUGAAUAUCAAAGGUUUAAACAUAUAGUAAGAGUCAUCAGAAGAACAGUACAGUUAAUUAUGAGAGAGGAUGUUUGCCAUAAAUUGUGUAUUCAAUUUACCAGUUUAAAAAUAAAAUGUACACUUCAAAACCAAAAAUCAUUUUGCAAGACGUGGCUCAUCUAAAGUGGUUACCCAUGAGGAAAACUUUGAUGUCACAGGUUGCUUUUUUCAUUGUCAAAGUAUCCAAUCAGCUGUGUUGAACUGUAAUGCUGUAAAUGUCAGUAAAAUGUUUAGUGUUCAACAACUGAGAAACCACCAAUAGAAUUUAUUGAUUACACCUUUAGUUUAUUUCAUGUCUGUUUCAUGGAGGUUUUGGAUUCACUGUUGAUGUGAACCUGGUUAUUUGCCCUUCAUAAUCUUUCAUGAGCAAGGAGAAAAAAACAUUGUCUGAAUUUCCCUGUUGCUUUUAUUUUAUUUAUUCAUUUUGUAAUGUUUCAUGUUGACUUGCAGUGAAUCGUUUAUUUGUCUCAGACAGAACAUUCUUACCUGAAAUAUUACACUUUUAACAUGCAGAAAAUGCUCUUUUAUUUUCUGUUCUGAAUAUACCGAUUAUCAGUGGGUUGCAGUAUUUCUCAUUGUAGCCAAUUUCUUGUACAGUUUUAUGCAAAUUUCACAUGUAUGUUUAUGACUAUCUGCUGCCACAAACGAUUUAGAAUUUCUGUAGAUAGAAAUUACUGUGCAAUGGAAAAUAAAAAUGAUUUAAAAAUCUA